AUGGAUUCACCUAGUAUAAUUGUCUUGAAUACUGAUAUGCCAAGAGGACCAUAGCUUUCUCCAAGAUCUUCUUAUAUCAGGUAUGUUAAAGAUUGUUCAUCUUCAUAUAUAUAAUAAGAAAGUGAAAGAAAUUAAGAUGAAAUACUCAGUUAAAACAUAAGCGAGUCUCAUAAAGAAAUGAAUUUAGCUUAUAUGACAUCAUUUAGAAGCACAUCUAAAAAAUUAGAACCAUUAAAAUUUACUUAGAUAGCAAAAUAAAAUAAAAUCAUAGAGAAAUUCAAAAACAAUCUGUUAUAAUUUUCAUACAUAAUGCCAUAGAAAUUUAAAGCUAAAUUAUUAUCAAUUGAAAAUUAUUUAUAGAAGGAUAAACUCAAAAAAGCAUUAAGUAUAUAAUAUUAUUAAUUUUUAGCUUAGAAUAGAAGUAAAAAUUAAAAUAAUAUCAUAUCUCCAUCAAACAUAUAUUUAUUUUAUUGGGAAAUAUUCAAUAUUCUUUUACUAUUUAUUUCUCUUUGGAUUUGUGCUCUUGUUGUAUCAUUUCCAAAUUCAAAAGAAAUAAGUUUUUACUCUUUUGGAUGUUUAUUUAUAACAUCCAAUAUUAUCGAGAUAAUUAUUUCAAUAAAUAAAGAAAUCUAUAUUGAAGGAUAAAUAAUAAAUACUAGAAGCGAUAUUCUUCUUAAUUACUUUGCUAAAUCAUCUCAUUUAGAUGUUUGUUCAAUAAUGAUAUGGAGUAUGAUAUCUUUUAGUGCUAUUGAAUAAAAUAGUUUUAUUCAAAUAUUUGCAAUCCUCCUUUUGAUUAUUAUUUUUGCUAGGAUCUUUCGAGUUUAUGAUUAUAUUGUUGAAUAAUUAUAUUAAAAAGGGUUUGGUGGUUAUGCUUUUGAUCUUUUAACAUUAGUAAUAAGUAUAUAUUUUUUUGCUCAUAUAAUGGCUUGUUUGUGGUUGAUGGUUGGAUUGAAUUCAAAUGGUGAAAGAAUGAAUUGGAUUAGAGAUAAUGAUUUAGAAAAUGAAUCUAUUUGGACUUAAUAUAAUAAUGCAUUUUAUUGGGCUACAAUGACAAUGGUAACAGUUGGAUAUGGAGAUAUUACACCUAAGAAUAAUUAUGAAAUGGCAUUUGCUAAUGUAGCUAUGUUUUUUUCAAGUUGUGUAUUUGCUUAUUCAAUGAAUGCAAUUGGAAUAUUAUUGAAAGGUUUUAAUGAUGUAAAAUAAAAUUACAAGUAAUAAAUUGAAAUUAUUAUAAGAAAGUCAGUCAUAAUAAUGA